AUGGCCGAGCCGGUCAAGGUUCCGGGGCAUAACAAUGCCACCUACGGCCCGGUGCCCAAGAAAGACCAGCUGCUCCACGUCGAGUUCGUCGAGAUGGCCCCGUCGCCCGUCCCCGUCGAUCAAAUCUUCUUCCUUUACCUGCGCGGCGUCAUGCCUCCAUCCGACAAGGACCUCGGCACGGCAAAGUUGAGCAUCACCCUCUCCGUCGUCUUGCCGGACGGCCAGCACGAGGACCCCAAGACGUACACGGUGCCCCUUUGCACUACCGCCUUUGGCGACGCCGCCCACCUUUCCAUCCGCAAUGCCACGGGCGCAUACGUGGACCAUCUUGGCGGCGGGACCAACGACAUCCUCGUCGAUUGCGCCAUCCCGAGCGUCUUCCUGCAGACAGGCACCUGGACCUUUGAGACCGUGGCGAGCCUAGACGAUGGAACGUGUUUGUUUGCAAUGUCGCUUACGCAAUGGUUGGAGGGGCGGCUCAAUCAUUGA